AUGGAGAAAAAGACUAAGACACUCCUUUUUACAAAUAUUCAAGAUCCUUCAUCAUUCUCAUCAGAAAUAAAAAAUACAUACGACAUAAAAGAAGUAUAUAAUAUUCCUAAUAAUAAUUCUUUAUUAUUUGUUAUAUUUUACAAUAUUAAAGAUAGUGAUAAGUGUUAUAAAGAAUAUAUUAGUAAGGAAUAUAAUGUACAUUAUACAAUUAGUAAAUAUGAAUUGCCAAAAGACCAAGAAAAAUGUGAUAAAAAUAAGAAUCAGAGUACUUUAUUUAUUACAUUAAAAAAUAUAACAGAGUUUAAUGAGUCUUUAUUAAAUCAGUAUGGAGAAGUAAAAGACAUUAGGAAUGCCAAUCAGAAUACGAAAUGUGUAGAAUUUUAUGAUAGUAGAUCUGCAGAUAAGUGUUAUAAUGAUUUAAUGACUAAAGGUUAUCAAGUUAAAUAUGUUUGGGACAUGUCUACUAAGACUAAAUGGGAUAUUAUAAGGAAUACAGAUAAUAUAAUAAGUCAGCAGAUACAACCACAGAAAAAAAGGAAAGUAGUGGUUAAUAAAAAUAUGUUUAUAAAAUUAUUUGAUGAAUUUAUAAGUGAAAAUAUAGAAAAAGUGUAUAAAAAUAUUAAUUAA